AUGACUGAUGGUGGAAGACGUUCUAUGCUGACAUGUCCAGGCCCCGCCCCUGUCUGCCCGCCCGCCCCGGCCGCGGAGCUGUCUCUCGCUCCCGGGCCGCGCGCCCGAGCUGGCAAGAAGGAGCGGCGGCAGCGGCGGCGGCUUCGGGCAUCGCGGCUUGGGGACGCCGGCGCUCCGCUGGACACGGCGUCCCCGAGAGCGCCCUCCGCGCGGACCUGCCUCCCGCGGUCCCGGGCGGCCCGGGAACGUCCCGGCGUUCCCCGAGGGCAAGCGUGUCCGCGCGGGGCGGGGGACCAGCGCGGGGCUGCAGCCUGUUGGAGCUCGGGGAGCGCGGGGUCCGGGGCUCCGGGGACCCUGCGCGGAGCCGCACGGCCAGGCCUCCUGCGCACCGCAGUUCUCUCCAACUCCCAGCCUCCGCCGCUUCGGGGCCCAGCGCCGCCGGAGGACCCUGUCCGGAUCUGCGAAGAAAGGAAUGUCAUGAAAAAGGAGCAGAAAAGAGCCGUCAUUGUUGGUGAAAGGGGAGUUUUCUUUCCCCGCUGGUGGUUACUUCAUGACUGGAAGGGAUGUACCUAGGUGGCUGAAGAGAUUAGAUUUUUCUAGCUGCACAGAUGAAGCUGAUAAAAGAAGACAUGAAAAUGCUUCCUCUGGGUCAUAAUAGGCUGAUAAGUAAGAAGGCCUGAAAAAGACAGAUUUGAAAUGAGGGCAGGAAUUUUGAGAUUUUUAAAACCAGGUAGGACUUUGGAAGCUUAUUGAGGAUGUUUUUCACCCAAAAACGGAGAAGAAAAAAUUCUCAAAGCCAGAAGUGUAAAAAGUUGAGAAGAAAAACAACCGAGUCCACCCCAAGGAUUUCAGACUUCGUCACUUUCUUUGGGUAGACACACACACAAGGGCAUCACUCACGUUUGGUGAUUUUAUUCCCGGCGAUGGUUUCCUAUGCUAGGAAUGACUUCAUUUGGAGUUU